ACGGGGUCACUUUAAAAACUGCCGAAAAUGGGUACAUAAUGCAUGUAGUAAUUUUCUCCUUGAAGCGUGACAUCCUUGUCAUGUUUAAUACGACACGCUGUCUACUUGUGCUCUUCGUUUCGUACAGGAAGCUUUGUGGUUUGGUAAUGUCUAGAACUCAACUCUGUGUAAUAACUUCAUCUUGCGUAUGACGGAAUAUCACCCCAAAACACCCACAAUCGUGUGGAGUUCUGCUCCUUCAUUGCGUUCAACAAAAUCUCGUCUUGUUUUUGAUUAAUCGCAGCACUAAUCAGUGUUGAUUGUAGGUGAUAUUUGUUUUUUGAUAAACCGAACAGAGUCUUUCCGGCCGUACCGACACAAAGGAACGAGCAAUUUCAAUCAUCCCGUUCCAUUUGUAGUGGCUCGCGGCGUUGCAGACGGCCGACAAUGUUUUGCAAUGUCCCUAUCCGUGGCCGAUACGACGACACUAGCUGAAACUGUACCAUCGUCGACGGAGGAAAGAAGCAACAAGGGCGUGAGGCAGCAGCAGCAACCGAUUACCCUAAUUUUGCCCACUAGCGGUAAGCUGUUUUUCGAGAAAAAACAAGAGUUCCAACUUUGCAAACCACAGCUGCUCCCACUGAAGUCGUUCAGCCUGGAGAAGUUGGAAAGAAUGCACCAAGAAGCGCAGCGACAGUUGCAAGAAACUCGUGCCCGAACCGCUGCUUCAAAGACCGGUAACAACUUCUAA